CGCGUCAGCAGGCAACUUUUUUAUGUCCUACUUGCUCCAUGUGACUGAUGACCAGUACCUCAUCUCAUCUUCUACUACUCUGUGACUCUUUUUACUUGCCUUUCCUUUCCCCUUGCAAUUAACAAGCUAUAUAUAAACAAACAAAUACCCAUCUCUCUCUCUCUCUCUCUCUCUCUGAGUUUUGGAUCCAACAUAUCUAAAACUUAGAUCUUUAAAGUCCCUAUUUGAAUCCUUCAAGAUUGAUACACCUUAUUAGCUUAGAUCUUUAAACAUACAAUGGCUCCACUCUUGUACUUCAGUUUUAGAAAGCUAGUUUUGCUUUAUCUUGUUUUCUUUCUGUUUAUUACUUGUAUGUUUCUUUCUGCUUCCUCAUCAGGUAGUUCUCAGCUUGAGAGCAACAAGCAAUUCCUUGAAAAUAGAAGGAAGUUACUAGAAGUGGGAAAAAGUCAAGAUCAAGAUCAAGAUAGUCUUCCCAAGAAAAAGAGCUCCAUUACUUCAAUGAAGAAUCAAACCAAACUAAUGAAACCCAAUUUAUCUACCAAAAACCAAACUAAGCUUAUCAAGAAUAGCUUAUCAACAAAGAACCAGACCAAGAUUACAAAUUCAACAAACUCAAAUCUCAAGAAUGAGCUCAAGAAACUCAAUUCCACUUCUCAGCUCAAAAAGCUCAAUUCUACUUCUUUAAAGAAGCUCAAUUCCACUUCAAAACCCUAUAACUCUACUAAAGCCACCUCGUCCAAGAAAACCUCAGAUCUACUCAAAUUAGGUUCACCCAAGAACAAAACAACCAAAUCCAUUUCCACAAAAGAAUCACUUUCUGAAUCUCAAAAACAAACCAAGAAUCAAAAAAUCAGUGAAAAAAAACCUGCCCAGAAAAACGCAGCACCAAAACAACCAAGUUGGCUUGAUCAAGAAGUAGAAGAUGAUUUGGUUGCAGAAUUCAGAGAUCUACCUUCUAAAUUCCAACAAUCCCUUCUUCCAGAUCUUGAAAGAAUCUCAAUUACUUCCAAGAAGUAUCUCAACAAAGCUAAUAAGGAAAUGACCAAAGGGUUUAAGCCAAUAGUGGGUAACAAAUAUGCAUCCACCAUUGCUACAAUAAUUUCUUUUGUUUUCAUUAUAGUCCCUCUUCUUCUUGUUUCUUUAAUCUUUAACCGCUUCAAAGCUUAUUUCUCUAUCCAAAAGAUUGUGAUUUUUAUUCAAAUUUAUCUCUCCAUCUACUUCUCCAUUCUCUGUCUUUCUUCCGUAGUUACUGGUCUUGAACCCUUGAGGUUCUUUUACGCUACUUCGCAGUCUACGUACGUCUGCUUAAUGGUGCUGCAAACCCUUGGCUAUGUUCUGUAUCUACUCUUGUUGUUGAUGUACUUGAUUCUAGUGUUCUCUACUGAUUGUGGGUUGGGCUCAAAAAUAUUGGGCCUGGGCCAGACUAUUGUGGGCAUUGCUGUUGGGCUUCAUUUCUACGUGGCGGUUUUCCAUAGGGUGGUAUUGCAUCAACCACCGAAGACUACUUGGAAGGUUCAUGCUAUUUAUGCCACGUGUUUUAUUGUGAUUUGUUUCUUUGCUAGAUUUGAGAGGAGAAAGAAGGCUUACAUGGAAGAAGGUGGUGAGGAGGGGAAGAAGAAUUAGGGCAUUAUUAUUAUUUUUUUUUUUUUCCCUUUCCGAAGAAAUGAAAUAAAUCCCAUUUUUGCUUUAUUUUUCACUUUUAAUUCGGGGGUUAUUACUAUAAUGCCAUUGCCCAAGGAAGGACGGUAUUAUUCUAGAUCAAGGGAAGUAGGGUAGAGAAAUUUUUCAAGUGUAUUUAAAUUUCAUAUAUCUUUGUAUUGCCAAAAACAAUAUGUACCAAACAAAAUAAAAGCAAAAAUUUCAAGCAUGCUUUUUUUC